AUGACUGGGCCUGAUGCAAUUCUUGUUACAAAACCUUCGGCUAUACAUUGUCGUCCUUGGGAAGAUGGCGCAGAGCACAUCUGCGCCCUUGAUCGUACGCAUUCAGAAAUGGUUAAGUUUAAACCUAACGACUCUGAUUAUAAGGACAUUGUGAAAGAAAAAAUCAAGGGUCUUUCUAGACGGGCUUUUACAGUGCGGGAUAGGUUGCAAAGUUCCAAAUCAACAUUUCUGGUCCCAUACAGCCAAAACCCAGAUUUCGUAGCAAGAUCUGACAUCCUGAACAACAUCAAGGAGCAAUUUGGCCUGGGCCAACAUAAAGGACCUGUUCAAUCGCGCGGAAGAGUAUCACUGUAUGGUCUUGGUGGCGUUGGAAAUACACAACCAGAUAUUGCCAUAUUCUGGGUUUAUGCUAGCAAUGCAGAUCGCUUCCGUGAGUCGUAUACUUCUAUUGCUAAAAAAUACAAUAUACCUGGACAUGAUGAAAUAAAGGCCGAUAUCUUGAGUGAGCAAGCAGCUCAAGCAAACAGCGAACUCGCUUGUUACAUACCAGAAUGUAACUAUGGAACAAUCCUUAUUACAACCAGGAACAAGCAAGUCGGUAUCAAGCUGUGCCAAGGAAAACCCCCUGUUGAGGUUAUCAAUAUGACCGAUACUGAAGCAUAUAAUCUUAUGCAGAGCAUACUGAAUGACUGGCAAAUCUCUGCAGAUAAGGCCGACUUUGCAUUCGUUGGCCAGCUUAGCGAGCCAUUUGAAAUGGUGGGAAGAGACUCUGAAACCCCGCAUGCAGUUACAGCAACCUGGAUUAUUUCUUUCGAGCAGAUUAAGCGGCAAUAA